AUGCUACAGCUGGUAGCUAUUCUCGGUAUUAUCUCGAGUAGCUCAGCAUGGAGCCUUCACCACCAGAACAGAACAGCUACGAACGGCACAUUUAGCUGCCCUCCGACUAAUGGAACAUUAUCGCCGCCUAAUCCUCUCCAAGUAUACACAAUUUCCGCAAACAACAUCACUGCAUCAUUCAUCUCGUAUGGUGCUCGUUUAAUAUCCCUUUUAGUUCCGGAUCGCGAUGGUAACAUGCAAGAUGUUGUUGUUGGCUAUGAUGAUCCCCGGGAUUAUGUCAAAGACACACUCACAAAUCAUACCUACUUUGGGUGCAUUGUCGGGAGAUAUGCCAACAGAAUCAAAAACGGCACAUUCAAACUGGAUGGAACUACAUAUAAUAUACCAAAAAACGAGCUCAAUAACACACAAUCGUUACACGGCGGAGUUACUGGCUAUGACCAGCGAAAUUGGACUGUAACUGCUCUCUCGGGUAACUCCAUAACCUUCAGCUUAUUAGAUACUGGUUAUGAGAACUUCCCUGGAGAUGUCAUCAAUCAUGCCACUUUCAGCGUCAAUUCCUCGUAUGGCUCGAAUAGUUCCAAUCCACGGGCACAGUUUAGUGCCCGAACUGUCUCUCUCUCCCUGACAGAAAAGACCCCUAUCAUGCUGUCACCUCAUAUUUACUGGAACCUAAACGUUUUCAAGAAUGACACUGUACUGGAGGACACCCAUCUUCAACUGCCGCUAUCUAGCCGAUAUGUGAAGGUGGACUCACGACUCAUCCCCACAGGCGAAAUAGGCAAUGUCUCAUCCUCUCCAAAUGGUACUCUCGAUUUCACGAAAGGUAAAUUAAUCGGGAAAGAUAUCAAGUCUGCUGAUGGGAUCUGUGGUGCAAAUUGUACUGGAUACGAUAAUUGCUUCAUCAUAGACCGACCCAACGGCACGACUAACUGGACAUCUUCCCAAGAAACCAUGGUCCCUGCCCUUAAUAUGUCCUCCGCCACUACUGGUAUCAGCAUGCUGGUCACAACAAAUCAGCAGGCAAUCCAAAUAUACUCCUGCAAUGGCCAGAACGGUACAAUUCCUGUCAAGAAAUCACAAGUGACAAGGAAUAAGGCAAGUGGAGGGGGAACUGGCACGGUUGUGGAUAAGAUUGAGCGGUAUGGCUGCCUUGUCAUUGAAACAGAGGGUUGGAUCGAUGGCAUUAACAACCCGAAAUGGGACCAAGGUCCUUUCCAAAUAUUCUCUCCCGAGUCUGGCCCUGCGGUAAACUGGGCGACUUAUGUGUUCAACGCCUCCUAA